GGGGACGAAGGGGGGUACGAGAAAGAACUGGCAACGUGUACCACAUUCAAAUCUGGACGGAACCCGGUCGGCCUCUCGGUUCGCCUCCGCGCAAAACAGCAGAAAACGCGGGCCGCGAUAGAAUAGCGUGUACAAUUUCGAAUAGGCACUACGUGCGGAACUGUCCAGAAUUGUCCGGUGCGGCUGUGCAUUUCCUCGAUGUCUAAGCCACGGCACGGGAUAGAUUCGUAAACGAAAAGAGCGGAUUUCGCGGCGCCCUCGUGCGACGACCCUUUCGUAAGUGUGAAUUUUACGCGCGCGCACGUAUACACGGUUUAAUGUAAAUGUCACGGGAACAUAGGGGUUGUGUGACCGUGUGGCGAAAGUGUUGUACGGUGUUGUGGAAUUAUGUGUAUGGACAUUCAGGUUAACGAGAAGAAGAAGAAGAUGAGCGAUAGCAGCGUCGACGAGGACGUGCAGAUCGUCGAAGCCCGACUCAACAAAGCUCUUGAUAAAGUCGUCGUCAAACAAGAACUUCCCGAUGAAGCGGAAAUCCGAGAAUUGGCUGCCAAAAUGGUGGAAGCAAACAAAGCGAAAAUGGUAAAUGCACCAGGGGCACCAUCGCAACAGCAAAGGCCUCCUCAGUGUCUUCUGCCGCAAUCCAAUUUUCCCGGUAUUUUGGGAUACUUGAACAAACGACCGGCAGACUCGUCGACCACUGUGGCAACGAAGCCGCCUUCGACAGAGGGCAAGGUACCUCCUGACGAUGAAAGCCAGAGGGGUCGUUUCGGCUGGACGAGUUUCGACGAUUGUCACAUACCUUAUAUAUUUCGCUCGGGCGAAAAGUAUUGCGCUGUACGAAUCUUAGAAUCUAAGUUAUUAAACAAGUACCUGAGUUAUCUGCACUCGGAUAUCUACAGUUGCACAUGUAUAAGGAGCUACUAUAUCACGGAGGCUGAAAGCAAAUUGUUCACUGAGAUCAACGUGAAACAUUGUGAGAAUCAGUUUGGAAGGGAACAGUUUACGUGUAAAGACUUGGUGGUUCGUCUGUCUGAUGCUAAAGAAUUCUAUACUUUCUUGGAUGUGUGUUACACAAAAUUAACGACAGGCACAAAUCCAAAUGUGACAAAUGGAUCUGACAAAUGCGGGUUUAUCCGGAUAAACAAGGAAUCAGUCGUUCCUUAUACAGUGAAGGAUGGUCUCCAGUAUGUCCCUUUGUUUUACUUUGAGGGUGAGACGGAGAACCUUAAAUUAAAAGCGGAAAAACUCGAAGGCUGGGAUUUGUCGUAUUUGAAGUUUUGUUGCAAAGUACAGGGUAUACGAAAUGAACUUUUUGCAAGUGAGACAUGCUCGGUGAUUAGUUUAAAUGACAUUAAAAGUUACUUUCCCCCUGGCACGGGAUUUGAGGACUAUUGGCCAACCAAAGUUAUGGACUCUCAGUUAUUAGUGUCUAGUAAAGGUGGUGGUGGUGGUGGUGGCUGGACAAAACAACCUCCGACACCGCCGGCGACCAAAUCCGUUCCUGUACAAAAUAACACGAACAAAGCUUCGGUUAAUGCACGUGCUGCUCCUAUGCACAACAUACUACCACGUGGAUCUGUUUCUAAUGCAUCACAAGUGCAACAACGCCAACAAAGGCCUGUUGUCACUACUCAUCCAGCACAUUCUUCGCCAAAUGCUUUACCCUCUAGCAGAUCAAAUAUUGUGACACAACCCAUGUUGAACACAGUGCAAAGUGUAAAUGGGUGGACAGGACUUGUUGGUGGACAGCCUACCUUCCAAACGGCACUUGUUUCGCAGGCCAAUUCUAUUAUACGAAUGCCUUCAACCUUAAACAUGCACAAUCAAAUAUCUAAUCCGCUAAAAACUUAUUCACAACAAAGUAGUAGAACUAGAGGGGGUGGUGGCACUGCUGCAACGGCUCAGUACUCUGGAGUAUAUCCAGUAACGACUAUGCAGACUGUUGCUCAAGCUCAACCACCCCCUCUUGUAAGAGCAACAGUCCAUUCCAGUCAACCUAAUCUUGGUUAUCCAACCUAUGGGAAGGAUGACUGGGUCACGUCUACGUAUACUACACCUACCUUAGGUGUACCUAAUGCUGUUACAGCAAGUACCUACCCUCAGAUGCUUGGUUUAAGCGAACAAGUACAAGCUAUGAUGCCAUCACCUACUUCACCAUCUACAUUAUUACACUCACAAAGGCAUACACCAUCUGCUGUUCAUAACACAAAUCAUUCAAAAUAUCCACCACCAUUAAUACCAGUUAAUGGAAGUAAUAAUAGUUCCAGGGAUUCAAGAGGCAGAAAGCCAUUGAUUCCAAUAUCAGAAACACUUAUGUCAACUUGUCAAGUUCAACCUUAUCAAAUUCAGAAAGCACUUGUCGAAGACAAAAUGGUACCCUGUAUUAAUUUUAAGCCAUACAUUUACUCUGAAUUAUUGAUGACGCUUCCUGAUUUCGUCGCCCAGUAUUUUCCUGCCUGCGAUAUCAACAGUUGUCGGCAGGUUCUUACGGAUGUUCUACACAUAGACUUAUACCAAGGAAACAGGCUACAAAUGAAGAUGUUAAUGGAAGCAGGAAAAUGUUCGUCGCUGAACGAAGAGCUACCUUUGAUACAAGUGAAAAGUAUAAUGAAAUACAUGCCACAAUUGAAGUAUAUGUUCAAUAGAGGUGAAAUGGUGAUGCCUGCACCUGCACAUUCCGCCGAGGAACACCCUGCCAAAAAGCGUCAACGCACCAGCUAGGACUGGCUACAGCCUUACUGGCCUACUUAUGACUACUACCAUUCGGCAUUUUAAAAAAGGCCGAUCAUUUUGACUCGUGUGUUACAAAAUAGGCAUUAUUAUGCUCCGCGAAACAAUGUAAAACACAUGAUUGACGUCACGUGCCAGAAAGAAUGCACUCAACUGAGGAUUACCUUCUAAUAGAAGGUGAAUCUGAGACAUAGUGUGAGCUACUUCUUUCUCCAAAGUGUAUUUACUGACGAGAAUAUGCUUGUAAAUAAAACUGAGAUGUAAAAAAAAUAGCGUUGCACAGUUGGCAAGUUAGAUAUGCUUUUAUAUAUUAAAACAAUUAACACUUUUCUUUAAGAUUUCGUUACAACUUAAAAUCGUUGAACGAAGAAAAAAACAAAAAAUAUCGUGACUAUCAAGACCAUUCCUCAUAUUUUUAUUUCAUUUCAUUUUUCUACCUCUGCUACAGAGUAUCUUACGUGUAGUAUUUCUGUGUAAAUAAAAUGAAAGUUUUAAUCUUAAAUGUGAUUCGGAGAAAGAAAGUGGUUGUAUCAAUGGAUAUGAGAUGCCGUAGGUGUUUAAAAUUUACCUACAUUACACGACAAAUGAAUAUCAAAUAAAUUUGGCAUUUGUAUAUUCUAAAAGGAAGUAAUGCUUCUUCAAGUUCCUAGCUAUUACUAAUACGUAUCUUCAUAACUGCUGCAAAAUAAUUUAAAAAUGUUACUAAUUCACGACAAUGGUUUAACCCAGUUUAGCGAAACUUAGGUAAAACAUUCUGUUUUGAAUGUUGGAAAGUUCUAUUUUCUAAAAUCACCGUACACAGAGAUGCAGGUAUUUUUGUUCAGAUAUUGUCAGUAUAUAACUAUCUAAGUCAAUAACAAAGGAAAAAGGAAUAAUUCAGUUUAGAGUACCAUAAAAGAUAUGGCACAUUAACAGCUAAUGAGAUAUGUAUAAUCGGUGUUUAUAAAUGUUUUGUUCGCUUUGUUUUUAUGUUUGUUUAAAUAUUAAUUAUCCGGAAAAUUCAAAUAACUUAGUUGAGGUAACAAAAUCUUAUUAUUUGUUUUUUAAGUAUUCAAUUAAAACAAACAUAUCUCAUGGAUUUGUUAAUAUCAAAUCUUAUUGUAAAGAAGAUGUAAUAGCUUCAAAAAAAAAUUAGUACUUCGUCGAAAAAAAGAAACUGACACAUUGUAGAAUUUAUACCCUGAGAUGGUCUUCCGUUCUUCACAUAGGUACAAAAACAUUUGAUAAAUGUUUUUCCAUUCCUUUGUCCAAGACAAAUAUAAUAGGAUGUGAUUAAGGGAAAUGAUUGUCCUACAUUGGUGUAAUGAGUUACGCAGUCUCAACUGGUCCUGUAUUCUCAAAAUGAAAAACAAAAAAAAGAGAGGCUUAAAUUAGUAUUAUUGACUGACUAACUUUCACUUUCGCUAUUACUAUUACAUUAAAGAAAAGAACUAAAUAAGUAUAAUGCGAAAACGGUAUGUAUAUAUAUGUAUAUGUAUGAAAAUAAUUCUAGUAAUAACUUAAUGUUGACCAUCAUGGAUUUUUCCAUAAAAGAAGAAAGGCUUAGGCAUCCUGUUACGGUGGAAAAUGGUAUAUUUUGUUAUUUAUAACUUACAUUUUGUCAUAUCAUUGUAUUAUAUAUCUUCAUUUUUAUCGCCGUUGAAAGAUUAUAUUUCUACGGACUGGUGUCUACCAUUUUCUAACAUUUAUUAACAAAAUAACACAAGAAAUUCAUCCAGAAAAGUAUUUAGUGAAAGAAUAAAGUCUGUGCAAUAAUAAUGUAAAAUAAUCAUUAUUAUUUACAUUUUAUAACUGCUAGAUUUUAAUUUUUAUAUUUUUGUAAAAGAAAAUUAAACAUGGCGGUGAUUAUCACGUUGAUUUCAAGUGUAACGCGUUAUAGUAUUAUGUGAUAUUUUAUUUUAUUUAAUAAAUACAAUGAAAAAUUAGUAAAGUUAAUUUUGUUAGUCAUUUUGCGUACUGGUUGUUGUAAUAUAAGAACACUGAAGUAUUGUGAAAAUGUAUACCGCAGUCACGUGAAUAUGAAUUGCACGAUUCGUAUUCAAUUUUCAAGAAUUUCUUGAAUUAUUUUGAUACAACAAUUCAUCGUCGAUUACUUUGCGUUACAAAAAUUAAGACCAUCAAAACGGUGUAUUAUAUGUAUUGUAUUUUUAAAUAAAAAGGGAAGAAAAAUA